AUGGACUUUGGGUUUGACGGUUGUUAUGAUUCUGAUCCAGAGCCGAGAGGUCGGAAUGUUCGUAAUAAUAUCAGAAGAGCCAGAAGGAACAACACCUUGAAGGGUAGUAUCUGGUCGCAAACCGUAAUAGAUCUGAAAGAACAUCCUCAGUUCAGGCAAUGUAGUCGUCAAUUUCAAAGCGAAAUGAAUAGCAACAAAUGCUCAUCCAAGUAUCGAAAGUUGAUAAAUAAGUAUAAGUCACUUGCUGAUCGUCAAUCGCGCGAAACUGGACGUGGGGCUAGUCGUAACUCUAAUAAUUUGGUUCAUUUUGAAUCACUUAAAGCAAUAUUGAUUAGCGAUGCCAGUUUCAAUCCACCCGUCACCGGUAACUCUGGUUCAGCAUCUACACAUGGUAGCAUUACCACUUCUCUUCCAGAAAUGGAUUUCAGUAGCCCUAACCGAACCCGCAACACCAACAACAUCAACAACACCAACAGCACCGACAAUAUCGACAGCACCAACAUUCCGAACAGCAGAUAUAAUUGCGCUUACGCUGAUUCCAAUAUUAAUGCUGAUAGACAAAGAACCCCAGCUCCAUCAAAUCAUCGUUUAUCAGAAACAGGUUCGACAAAUAUAAAUGAACCAGUAGAACUUGUUGCGGCCCUUCUUGGAUGGGACGAGAAAAGGGCCAUGAAGAGGGCUAGAGCAGGGCAGGAGAUGGAGAUAAUUUGUCGACAAGAACGAGACCGUCAAGAAGAGAUGGAAAUGCCGCGUCGACAAGAUAGAGAAAGACGAGAGGAUAUGUUGUAUCGUAGAUCCCGGGAUGAUUCUUUGCUUGCCGAAGCCAAAAGAGCAAAUAACAUUUACGAAUAUAGAUCAACUAAACAAUAA